AUGGGAGAGAAGAUCCCUUUAAAAAAAAAAAAUUUAAUGGAAAAAUAUCCCAACCAACUCCUCUCCAAAACGUUCCUCCCCGUCUGCAACCACCGGUCUUCACCGGAUUCACAGUCGGAACCGCGAGCAAAGACACCUAGUAGAGCCGGCCGAUUCCUAGGUCCUCCGGCCAGGAGGCGCUGCGGGCCAGUCUCCGGGGGCCACCGCAGCCCGCGCGCCCAGCACCCCAACCCUCACGGCAGAGCCCAGCCCAGCCCAGCCCCGCGGCGGAGCUCGGAGUUCUGCGCCGCCCGCCGGGGUUACUCCCGGUCAUUCCACGGCACCACCUCGGCCCAGCUUCCCGAUCUGCGCCCAGGCAGAAGCUGCCCCGAGAGACCAGCGGCAACGGUACUGGCCGACCUGCAACCAGAAGGGUUUCUAGCCAGCUCAGGGCCCUCCGAACAAAGAAGCGCUCGGUGCCGGACCUGCAACUCUCCCCACCCGGCAGCAGCGCCCUCAGCACGCCCGGGAACCCCCGACCCCUCUGAGCCCGGGGUACUGCGCCCGGGUCUCCACGCCCAGAGAUGCUCCCGGGUCUCCACCGCCGGGCGAGCCCCAAGCGCAGCAGCGCAGAGUCCUGGGGUCACCAGAGCUCGUACUAGGACAUCGUCUCCCCAUUUAACGCCGCCUCCGGUCCCAUCUGAGUUGCAAGUGGUGGGGAUGUGGGGCUCCGGAUCAAAGUCCCCGAAACCGAGCGCUUCCCGAAGCCUCCUUGGCCUCGAAACAAAACAAUAACGCCCAAAUCAUAUCUGGGUGUCCAUCAGCGUGUUACUUCACAUCUCUGUACCUCAGUUUAUUCAUCUUUCAAAUGGAAGCAACAUAUAGAGCUGCCUUAUAGAGUUGCUCUGGGUGUUAGAUGUAUAAUAUAUGUGAACUGCUUGGUACUGGGCCUGGUAUAUGGUAUGUGCUCAAUAAAUGAUAGUUGUUUAUUAUUGUCAUUUAUUAUCAUCAUCAUCAUCAUAAUUAAAUAUUAUUCCAAGCAACAAUAUGUGUUCCUCAUAGUCCAACAAUAAUUUAAUAAAUGUAACCUUUCCAAAACUCCAAUCUGCAAAUUUUAAAUAAAUAUUUUCAAU